UUCCGAACACAACACGAUUUCACGUAAAGCAACAACAUAGCAGUGUCUUUCUGUAAGUGUUGGCUCCUACUGCUGCCUGUUCCUCUGACUGAGUCCAGUUUAAUGGUUCAAUCUACUUUCCGGCUUCCAGCUGAAAACCUGCAGCAGUGCCAGACUCAGCAUGAGCGAGCAGAGGCUGCUGUUUAUAGAUAUUGAACCUAAAACAAACAGCUCCGCUCCUGCGGACGGCAGAGCUGACAAGCCCCUCUGGACUCGCACUGAUAACGCCUUCAGAUUUAACUUCCUCCCCGACAACUCUGCAGCUCCUCAGGAGGAGACAUCUCUAUCAGACAGGACCGAACCUGCAACGAGCCAGAUAUCCUUUACAGGACGGGGCUCUGCUUUCGCCUUUAACUUUCAGAUUACUGCUGAUACAGCUGUAGAAAACAUGGAGACGACAGAGAGCGCAGACACCUCUUCUGCACUCAGCCAACAAGGCGUCCAGAAGGAAAAUCCUUCCACGCUGCAGGAGGUUAACCCUCCGCCUGAACCGUCAGUGCAAUCAAAAGCCAAGAAGAAGAAGAAAUCUGGAAAGAAAAAACCCUCGGAUAGCGCCGAGCCACAGCAGAAAGCGAGUUCAGCUGAGGGCAGUGAAGGAGGAGAGGACACCGAGCUGAGUGCAGAAGAGCAGCUGAACAGACAGCUGGACUGGUGUAUCGAGCAGCUGGAAUCGGGAAUGAGGUCCCAGAAGGGUACACCGAAACAGAAGGAGGAAGCCUCUCGUGCCUUGAAGACUCUGCGAAGCUCCAAAGCUCCUCUGGCCAAGAAGAGGCAGGUGAUGAGAGCCAUGACCGGAGAUUACAGGAAAAAAAUGGAGGAAGAGAAGACCAAGCAGUAUAAACUCAUUCAGAGUGAAAUUGCAUCAGCUCAGGUUAAAGUUGUGCCUGAUGCUCCAAAGAAGUGUGUUUUCCACCGAAGAGCUGAAGUCAAACCCCAGACAGCCGCCACGGGGGAGAACCUGCAACAACCAGAAGCCCAGGAUAAAGAUCAGACAUCACAGACUCAAGAGGAGACGUCAGCUUUUGUCUUCACGCCAUCAAAAGAGGACUUUCGCUUCAAUUUUCUCUGAUUUGUACCCUGAAGACACGUUUCACCGUACAUUAUGUUGGACUGUGCCUGGACAGUGUGGGCCGAGCUGUGCACUGGACGCACUUUGUGUUGCAAACAAUAAAAAGUGCAUGAAACAAGGGGCUAAAUUGGAGAUGAUGGGAGGAAAAACAACACUUAUAACAGUGAAAGUAUUCAAAAUAUUCAGACAUCUGGACUGCUUGUACCAUAUUUCUAAAUAAAGCUUUUUGUAUUUUUGUUGG